UGUGUGUGUGUGUGGGUGUACUGUUAUUAACAAAGGACAAACGUCGAAAUAAAGCAAUAAAAUAUAAAUAUUUAUGCACAUAUAAAACUGUGACAAUUGUGUGUUGUAAUAAACAGUACGAUUCAUAGGUGUAUACUAUCGACCAGACUCCUUAAAAGGGAAGCUAUCAAGGAAAGGCAUAGACCUAAUCUUAAAAUAUUGCGAUGAUAAUGAAAUACCGUACAAGAUUUUUGGCAAACUCGUGGUAGCUACAAAUUCCUCUAAACUAAACGAUCUGAGGAUAUUACAUGACAGAGGAGUGGCAAAUGAGGUCGAAGGCUUAGAAAUGCUGUGGACCAAGGAAAAUAUCAGGCAAAUUGAACCUAAAUGCAAUGGAAUCCAAGCCCUUUGGUGCCCUAAGGUAGGGAAUAUUAACUGGGGUACCGUCACUCAGAGUUUGGGAAAGGAAUUUCAAAAGAAUGGUGGUUUUAUUUUGCUUAACAACCAGGUAGACGUGAUAAAAGAAUCAGACACACCAGAUUAUCCUAUAUUUAUAAAAACAAAGGAGGGCAGUAUUCUAAGAUCUAAAUAUCUUGUCAUUUGUGGGGGUCUACAAUCGCAAGUGCUUUCAAACAUCGUCGACGAAGAUUCCAAAAGAAAAAGCUCACUUAUUUCUCUCAGAGUGGAUUAUCUGUUUCUGAAAACAAGUUCGAUCGGAACUAACAUUUACGGUGUUCCUGACCUGACAAUUCCUUUUUUGGGUGUUCAUAUUACCCCUAGAAUGGAUGGUGGAUUACUUCUAGGUCCGAACGCAGUUCCUGCAUUUAAAAUAGAAGGUUAUAGCAACGAUGAGAUCAACUUUAUUUACCUGAAGGACACUAUUUCUUCUGCCAGCUUUCAAAACAUGACCAGGAGGUAUUUUCCCCAAUGUUUCGGUCAAGUGAAGAAGGCACUAUGGCCCCGCUUUCACAUUGAGGAAUUGCUGUCUCUGGCUGAUAUAAGUGAAAAAGAUAUUCAAGAGGGGCCUGCGGCAGUGUUGGGUCAACUUGUCAACAACGAUGGCAGUUUCGUGGACGACUUUAGGAUAGAAUUCUUUGAGGGAAAAGGUAUAGGCAGCAGAGUGAUCAAUUGCAAGUUUUUGCCAAGCCCUGCGGCCACUUGUUCGUUGGCAAUAGCGGAAUACGUUGGGAAAAAACUUUUCCGGCAAUUCGAAAUAUGAAUAUUUAUAUCUAAUAAGUUUAACUAUAACUGUAAAUAGUUCGAAAAUAAAGACCUACAUACCUC